AUGCCAGGCCCAGCAGGCACCGCAAUACCGAACUCCACCGGUUGCGACGUGUCCAAAAAGGAAAUGAGUAUCCACACAGCAGCACUGAUCUUCAGACAGGGACUGGGGCUGCGGUGGAGGUCCAAAGUGGAGAAGCCACGGAAGGAUCCCGGAAGGUUUGUGGUGACUGGACGGAGAGGGGUGUCUCUAGCGCCCAGUCUCAGUGGCUCUCGCCCCCGACUCGCGGUCCGCGUGCGCAUCUUCGCCUGGACCGCAGCGCCUCCGCGUCUCUGCGCCCGUCCGGGGCUCGGAGCGGAGCGUUUUGGAGCGGCUGCCGCGGCCCCGGGCAGGGGUGAGCCCCCGGCGCAGGUGGGCGGAGGUUCCGGGCGGGCUGAGGGGGCGGCGGCGCGGCCGGCCCCCGGGAGAGUAGAGAGGGGCCUCCGCGCGCCCCGCGCCCUUCCUGCGCCCCCGGUCACCUCGUGGGACACCGCGCCCCCUCGCCACCGCCCCGCCGGAAAGGGCCAGGUCUGCGGCGCCUCUGCCCAGCCCGGCGGUGGGGAGCUCUCGCCGCCCUCCCGAGGCCCUGGGCAGAGCCGGGCGCCGGGACCGAAGGCGAGGAAGCCUUCGGGGCCUUCCAUGCAGUGGGGGAAGUGCUGGAGCUUGGGCCAGUCUCUGGUUCCUCUGCUGAGUUACAGUGUCACAGCAGCCGACCUGGCAGGCCCCAGCAGGCCCCAGAUUGAGACCCUUUGCUGCCUCUUAGCCCUGGCUGUGGUAUGGUGUGGGGCUGUGCAGCGCUGGGCCCCCGAGGCUGGCACCCAGGAGCUGGGAUUGAGCCCAUUCGGCACUGUCCCCAACUCCUUCCUCCUGGGCACCACCUGGCCCAAGAAAGUGCUUUUGGCCUGGCUCCAAGCCCUGGAGCUCAAGCUGGGUGGCCCUCCUCCGGGCGGUGGUGCCCCCUGGCACCUUCGAAAUGUCCUCAGCGACUCAGUGGAGAGCUCUGAUGAUGAAUUCUUUGAUGCUAGAGAGGAGGUGGCCGAAGGGAAGAACGCCAUCCUUAUUGGGAUGAGCCAGUGGAAUUCAAAUGACCUGGUGGAGCAGAUCGAGACCAUGGGGAAACUGGAGGAGCAUCAAGGAGAAGCGAACGUGCCGUGCACAUCCAGCAUCCUCCAGGAGAAGCAACGAGAACUGUACCGGGUUUCCUUGAGAAGACAGAGGUUCCCAGCCCAGGGAAGCAUCGAGAUCCAUGAAGACAAUGAGGAAGGCUGCCCGCAGCGCUCCUGCAAGACGCACGUCCUCCUGCUGGUGCUGCACGGGGGGAGCAUCCUGGACACGGCCUCGGGGGACCCGUCCUGCAAGGUGGCCGACAUCCACACCUUCAGCUCCGUGCUGGAGAAGGUCACGCGCGCCCACUUCCCCGCAGCCCUGGGCCACAUCCUCAUCAAGUUCGUCCCCUGUCCCGCCAUCUGCUCUGAGGCUUUCUCACUCGUCUCCAACCUGAAUCCCUACAGCCACGAUGAGGGCUGUCUCAGCAACAGCCAGGACCACGUCCCUCUGGCCGCCCUGCCCCUGUUGGCCAUCUCCUCCCCGCAGUACCAGGAUGCAGUUGCCACCGUCAUCGAGCGAGCCAACCAGGUGUACAUGGAAUUCCUCAAAUCCCCCGAUGGGAUUGGCUUCAGUGGGCAGGUGUGUCUCAUCGGGGACUGUGUGGGGGGCCUCCUGGCCUUCGAUGCCAUCUGCUACAGCGCGGGGCCCUCAGGUGACAGCCCUGGCAGCGGCAGCCGGAAGGGGAGUGUCAGCAGCACGCAGGACACCGCGGUUGUGGUGGAGGAGGAACGCAGCCUGGCCAGCAGCAAGCGGCUCAGCAAGAGCAGCAUCGAUGUCUCCAGCGCGUUGGAGGAUGAAGAACCCAAGAGGCCAUUGCCCCGGAAACAGAGCGACUCCUCCACCUACGACUGCGAGGCCGUCACCCAGCAUCAUGCCUUCCUAUCAAGCAUCCACUCGAGCGUGCUGAAGGAUGAGGCUGAGCCCCCUGUGGCCGGGGGGCCCCAGCUCCCCGAGGUCAGCCUGGGCCGCUUGGAUUUUGAGGUGUCCGACUUCUUCCUCUUUGGCUCGCCCCUGGGCCUGGUCCUGGCCAUGCGGAGGACGGUGCUGCCCGGACUGGAUGGUUUCCAGGUACGUCCUGCCUGCAGUCAGGUCUACAGCUUUUUCCACUGCGCAGACCCCUCUGCCUCCAGGCUUGAACCACUGCUGGAGCCCAAGUUCCACCUGGUGUCGCCCGUCAGCGUGCCCCGCUACCAGAGGUUCCCGCUGGGUGACGGACAGUCCCUCCUCCUUGCUGACGCCCUGCACAGCCACAGCUCCCUCUUCCUGGAGGGUAGCUCCCGGGGCAGCCCACCGCUUCUGGAGACCCCUGCCUCACCCCCUCACGCCCCGAGGUCCCAGCGCCCGGGGCGGAGGAUAAGCCAGGGCAGCUCCCACAGUGAGAGCUCGGAGUCCUCGGACAGCCUGGCCCCCGUGGGCACCUCUCGCAUCACAGCCAAGUGGUGGGGCAGCAAGCGCAUAGACUACGCCCUGUACUGCCCCGACGUCCUCACCGCCUUCCCCACCGUGGCCCUGCCCCACCUCUUCCACGCCAGCUACUGGGAGUCCACGGACGUGGUGGCCUUCAUCCUGAGACAGGUGAUGCGCUAUGAGAGCGUGAACGUCAAGGAGAGCGCUGGCUUGGACCCCGCAGCACUGAGCCCCACCAAUCCCCGCGAGAAGUGGCUUCGUAAGAGGACCCAGGUCAAGCUGCGGAAUGUCACCGCCAACCACCGGGCCAACGACGUGAUUGCUGCCGAAGACGGCCCCCAGGUCCUGGUGGGACGGUUCAUGUACGGGCCCCUCGACAUGGUGGCCCUGACCGGGGAGAAGGUGGACAUCCUGGUGAUGGCAGAGCCUUCCUCUGGCCGCUGGGUGCACUUGGACACGGAGAUCACGAACAGCAGCGGCCGAAUCACGUACAGCGUGCCGCGGCCCCGGCGCCUGGGGCUCGGCGUCUACCCCGUGAAGAUGGUCGUCAGGGGCGACCAGACCUGCGCGAUGAGCUACCUUACGGUGCUGCCCCGGGGCAUGGAGUGCGUGGUCUUCAGCAUCGACGGCUCCUUUGCGGCCAGCGUGUCCAUCAUGGGAAGCGACCCCAAGGUCCGGCCGGGGGCAGUGGACGUUGUCCGGCACUGGCAGGACCUGGGCUACAUGAUCCUCUACAUCACGGGGCGGCCGGACAUGCAGAAGCAGCGGGUGGUGUCGUGGCUGUCCCAGCACAACUUCCCCCAGGGCAUGAUCUUCUUCUCGGACGGGCUGGUGCACGACCCGCUGCGGCAGAAGGCCAUCUUCCUGCGCAACCUCACGCAGGAGUGCUUCAUCAAAAUCAGUGCGGCCUAUGGCUCCACGAAGGACAUCUCCGUCUACAGCGUGCUAGGCCUGCCACCCUCCCAGAUCUUCAUUGUGGGCCGGCCCACCAAGAAGCAUCAAACCCAGUGCCAGUUCCUGAGCGAGGGCUACGCCGCGCACUUGGCCGCGCUGGAGGCCGGCCACCGCUCGCGCCCCAAGAAGAACAGCUCGCGUAUGAUCCUGCGCAAAGGCAGCUUUGGCCUCCACGCGCAGCCUGACUUCCUGCGGAAGCGCAACCACCUGCGCCGGACCAUGUCGGUGCAGCAGCCCGACCCACCUGCCAACCCCAAGCCCGAGCGGGCCCAGAGCCAGCCCGAGUCCGACAAGGACCGCGAGCGGCCCCUGCCCGCGCUCAGCUGGGCGCGCGGGCCCCCCAAGUUCGAGUCGGUGCCCUGAGGGCCAGGCUGUGCGCAGAGCAGGG